AUGGCUCCUAUCCCAGGUUUUGCCAACGACAACACGCUGUCUCCUCGGGCUAACAGUAACCACGAGGUUGACAUGGAGAGAGAAUUAUUCCUCAUGAAGCUUCUCUUCGGGAUGAUCAUCGCUGCAAUCGUCGUGUUCUUGGGGUACUUGUCCUACCUUCAGCUGAAGCCCCCGUACAAGGAACUAUGGAAGCCCAAGCUUAAGCCCAAGCUUGAAGACUGCAGGGAGAAGUAUGAGGGGUGGAAGAAGAAGAUGGCCUGGAAUGGCCCCAAAGAACCAAAGGCGCCAGAGCCUGCUCACGUGGCUCGCCAUGUUUCUCAGGCUCCGGAGGUCAAGCCGAUCGUUCGUGAUUUGACUCCGGAGUAUAUGAGGAUGUCAACAGCGGCCAUGGUUUAG